UUCGUCCAGUACUUAUUCCACCACAUUUGUUUGCAGAACAAGGAGCCUAUUUUCCUUCACUGCGUAGACACUAAACCACAGCGAGACAGAAACUGAGUGGGAAAGAGAGAGUGGGACACAAAGACACAGAGAAAGCUAUGCUUCAUAAUGGUGCUGGAGCAAGCAGAGGGCAGGCUGGCUGCAGCAGAACAGCAGCAGGAGCAGCAGAGCAGCAUGCUCAUCAUCAAGAGGAUGAGCCUUCUGAGAUCUCCAGAUCACACCUAAAGUCCAGAGCAAGCAGUUCACCUUUGACCUCUGCUCAGUGCGUUAUGAGUAAGAGUUCCAGUGAAAAAUCCAACAAUGAAUGUCUGCAGUUCAAAUUACAGAGACCAUCAGUUCUACGCAAGGGCAGCCAAGCUCUGCCACAAAUUUUUUCCAACCAGGUUGCUCUGGAUGACUGCCAGACAGAGAUUGUAUGUAAGGCUGAAUUUGAAAAUAGCCUGCCAGAUAACCCAACUUAUGGCACCAGCCAUCCCAGCAGCAGAGACAAAGGUUCUGGUCCAAGCCUUAAGCAAAGCACACCAGAUCGCCCUACUGAACCUUCACAGGUAUCCCUAGAGGGCUUGUUAUCUGCCAAAGGAGUGUGCAGAUGGCCAGACUGUAAAGAAGUGUUUACAGAGUUCACACACUUUCUGAAACAUCUUUAUUCUGAGCAUCCUCUUGGGGACCAAACUAUUGACCAAUGGAAAAUACAGAAAAAUGUCGUACAACACAUGGAGAAUCAGUUGACUGUGGAGAAACAAAGACUGCAGGCCAUGUAUCUUUAUCUAUUUGAUAUAAGAUCUUGUGCUGAAAGCAGCCCUAACCUGAAGCAGUCCAGUGGUCCAUCAGGAAACCUGCAGGCCAGUCAGGGUGUGGCCAGUUUCCAUGGUAACAACAGGGUCCAGGCUGAAAUGCUACUUCCAGGAUACUGGCAGAUUCCUACCUCACAGUUCAUACCAGGGAUUGUCCCCAGCAUUGAGUACUACAAAUACACAAACAUAAGGCCACCAUUCACUUAUGCAGCUAUGAUUCGAUGGGCGAUUCUAGAAUCCCCUGACAAGCAACUAACACUGAAUGACAUCUAUCACUGGUUCACACGGAUGUUCUCCUACUUCCGUCACAACACAGCCACAUGGAAAAACGCAGUGCGACACAACCUCAGCCUCCAUAAGUGCUUUGUGCGCGUGGAUGGAGGGAAGGGCUCUGUUUGGACAGUGGAUGAGGCAGAAUUUUUGAGAAGGAAGGGGCAGAAGAUCCACAGGGACCAAGAUAUGGGUUGGAUGGCACACUAUUCCAUGUUUUAUUCUUGAAAUGUCAUUCUCCAGUGAUGAGUCACACCUUGAGACAUUCCGAAUAACCACCACCAAAACCUCAGCCUUGUUCAUCAUCUCUUUUCAUUAGUGCAUUUUCAGGUUCAUCAGUUUCCCUUCCCUUUAAUUUGAUAGCUCAAGGAAGCAUAGCUCUAAAACGAGAGCUUUUGGCUCCAGAAAAAUGUUCUGCACCUGGAGAAGCAUAAAAUACUAAGGUUGAAAAGACUUGUAUUCCAUUGUACUAAAAAAGGUUUUGAUAAAAAUAGUUGUUUUUCAAAAUAAAAAAUAUAACACGAUUUACUUUCUUCGCGUUAUUUUUAACGCAAACAUAAUUUAUUAAAAAUUUUAUUCUAAA